AUGAUGCAUCGUCAAGAACGUAGUCAUUUAAGUUCAGAAUCUGCAUCAUCAGAAACAUCUAGUAUUACGUCUAGAGCAACAACAUUAACUGGUGCUUUUAGUGAUAAUAAAAGUAACACAUCAUUAGAAUAUCAACCAGUAAUAAGUGGCUUAGAUCGAUUAAAAAUCUAUCGAGUAGAAGAUGAUCACUCGUCGGCUUUCUCAAGUACAGCUCCAAGUGCUAGUACUGUUAUCAACAUGAAACCUAACACAAAUAGAAUCGAUAACAAUCAAUCUAAUGAAAUGAUUACUCAAAAUCAACAAAAACCAUGGAUUAAUCCAUAUUGGGGUUCAAAUUGGAAGCCUAAUACAACAGCAACUCGAUCAGAAGCAAACAAAAUCAAUACAAAUACUAAUGUUCCAUAUUCUUCAGCACCUGGUCACAUCAGUCAACUUAUUCCGGGUUCGAUAUUAAUUAAUGAUCAAGGUGAACUUGAUGAUUUAUCAUGGAAUAAAAAUACACAUAUUCGACCACUGUUUUCGAAUAAUCCAUUAAAUCCCAGCGGUAAAUAUAUACCAGAUGAUAAUCGUGGCCCUGGUGGUUAUCUUGCACCAACACAUGUUCAACGUCGAAUCGUAAUAUCAUCACCAGGAAUAUUUGUAAAUCCUGAAAUUAAUUUUGGUUAUACACGAUCAAGUUCAUCAUCGGAUCUUAAUACUCACAGUCGACCUACAUUCAAUCGACAACAAACUUUUCCUGAGAGUACGGACAAUAAUAUUCAACAAUGGGUCAAUCCCUAUUGGGUCACUAACUCCAUAUCUCAUUCGUAUCCAGAAAACAUGACAUCUCCUCAAUUAAUGAACUCAAGCAAUGAUCCAUCAUCUUCAUUUAAUGAUUAUGCAUCUUUGACUUCUUCUUCAGCAGUUGUACUUACUGAAGCAGAUCUGGAGAGUAUUCAACAUGCUCUUUAUUUACUUGAAACUAGCCCAAAUGUGACAUCUGUCAUUGGAAAUUCUCAACAAACACCAUUAUCAACUAUUAGCCAUUCUAAUGAUCCUUCAUCAUCCUUAGCUUCUUUAUUUACUGGUAAUAAAGAACAACCGUCUCAACCACGACCACCAUCAUUCUCAGCAAAUAUACAACACAAUCUUCCAUCGUAUCCAUAUAAUUCUAAUUCUCAACAAUCGCCACUUUUCUCCACCCCUAGUUAUCCUUCAAAUUCAAAUGAUAUUUUAGGUCAUUUGACCAAAAAAGGAUCAAUUUUUCUCAUUUAA